CGAAAUGUCAGCCCCGAUCUGUGUCAGACCCAGUGAAAUAAACUAAUAAUUCCUAUUUCUUAGCAAAUAUAGUGGUGAAUUAUUAUUAAAAUGGUAUCGCGAAGUCUCACCGAAGUCUUCGUGCUAAUGCGCAACAAUGCUAUCCACAGUCGACAGUUGUUUUCAGAACAGAACGAGUCAGAACGGGUCAGGCUCAUGCGGAGCAACUCCAACGACAUGGAGGCGGGGCUGGAGAUACGGUCAGAGACAGCGCCACCACCCUGGACAGACGCCUUAGAGGAGGCCCAUUAUAUUAUUACUAGGCUAAGAACAAAAUUAUCUGAACUCCAAUCCUGCCACUCGCGACAGAUCCGACGACCGGCAUUAGACGACACGGGAGAACAGGAACACAUCGGCAGACUCACCACCGAGAUAGGUCGGCACUUCACACACGCCUAUACACAUCUUACGGCUAUCAAGGCUCAAGUCAGACAUGGUAACAAAACGGAGCAAAAACUAGCAACUAAUGUAGUAUUAGCACUAGUAACCACACUCCAAGAGCUAAGCGUCACCUUCCGAACCGCCCAGUCCAACUACCUAAAAUCCCUCACUUCCAGAGAAGAACGGUCAAAUGCCUACUUCGACUUACCCAACUUCGAAGAACUAAGUCUAGAAGAUGACAAUUUACUACCAGAUCUGACAAACAAUCAAACGGAUUUACUUUUUUCACUACCUAGUACUUCAGGUACGCAGAAAAAUAAUUUCAUGGAUGAUUAUGAACAGCAGAAUGAUUUUGAAAAACCUUCUAAUCAAAAGCAGUUAUUGUUAAUGCAGGAAGAAAAUACUAGAGUGGUAGCAGAGAGAGAGCAGGAAGUAAAUAAGAUUGUUCGUUCUAUAGUAGAUUUAAAUGAAAUUUUCAAAGAUUUAGGGCAUAUGGUGCAUGAACAGGGAACCAUUUUAGAUAGGAUUGAUUAUAAUAUAGAAGUAACUCAAGUGCAAGUGCAGGAAGGUUAUAAGCAGUUGCAAAAGGCAGAGAGGUAUCAGAGGAAGAAUAGGAAAAUGCAUUGUAUAUUAAUUUUAGCGGUAAUGAUUAUCAUUUUGAUGGUGUUAUUGAUUAUUAUUAAGAGUUAGUUGUUGUACUUGUUGUUUGAAUUUUGUUAAGAAAUUUAUGCGAGUGCUUUUUACAUUAUUUAUGUUACAGUGUUACUUUUAUUUAUCUUGUAAUGUUUGUAUGUGUAGCCGCCGUGCAGAUCUCGACGACAAAUAAAAAGACUUCGAUUUGAAGUAAACUUAUAAUCAAUAGGUGCUGGUUACUUUACAAGGUACAGUUGACGUAAACGGUUAAAAGUGUAGAAGUUGUGGUAAUAGUAUGGAGGCUGAUGCGAAAGUGGUUAAGCUAAUUUUGAAUGUUAGAAUGGUAGUCUAAAUUUAGGUGCCUCUAAUUGGCCGCGAUACAGGUUAUGUGGAGCGCUCCUAUUGGUGCAUUUAAAUAAGCCUCCGCAUAGUAAGCGAGCCCGACGGCUGCGUUUUGCUACUGCAUUAUACACAUAAAAGGUUGCGUUCGCAACAGUAUGCAUGUUCGGGUCAAAUCUUGCAAGGUAAAUUAGACCAACUUUCCAUUAUUCGAUUGAGCUGGAACUUCACUUACAUAUUUAUUUAUUAACAACAAUAUAUUUACACGGCAUUACAGACAAGCCAAUACACCGAGAAAUUAAACAUUACAAAAAAAACAGCAUAGUAUACAAAACACAUAACAUGUAACAGGACAGAAUAUAGGUGACCUCAAACACUUAUAUUCUAUUCUAUUCUACACGUAUGUAAGUUGGGUGAUCAAUUAAACAUUACAAAAAUAACAGCAUAGUAUACAAAACACAUAACAUGUAACAGGACAGAAUAUAGGUGACCUCAAACACUUAUAUUCUAUUCUAUUCUAUUCUACACGUAUGUAAGUUGGGUGAUCAUGUAGUAUUAUUGUACCAUCGAGCUGAUCUGAUGAUGGACACAGGAGGUGGCCAUAGGAACUCUGUGAUAAAACAACGCAACCUAAUUGUGUUUGGGUUUGUUAGAAUUGCUCAGUGAGUAUUAGUUGCCUGUUAAAUGAAACGUACAGCCAGCGAGAAAAGCUUGUAUCAAAAAUGAAAUCUGACAAAAAACUUAUUACCAGUUAUGAUUACAAAUGCACAUGCAUGCAUGUCUUUUAUAAAUCAUCCUUUAUUCGUUUUUUUGUGUACUUCAAUAUUUAAAUUAAUCAAAAUAUUCAUGAUAGACAUAAUUAGUGUAAAAAGUACGUACAUAGAUUUGUUUUUAAAGUUUAUAUGCACUGAAAAAUCCAAGGUUCAACAUUGCCUUAUAUUACGUAGUUAAGUUCGAAAUAAAUAUUCCCUAGACAACAGUUUUUUUUUUUAAUUAAAUAUUUCAUCAAUUUCUUGUCCAAAAACUAAUACGCAAAUAAUGUAUAUGCUCUAUUUAUUUGUAUUAAUUAACGAAGGAAUUAUUGUCGGUACCCCAGACCGUUUUGAUCGGACUAAUUCAUGUAGAUAGUUUUAGCACUUGAGUUAUUUAAAGCUUAAUCAAAAUCAUUCCUAUUUAAGUAUCAAUAUAAAUUGUAAAAUUUUUUUUUUUAAUCUAAGUAUUUUAUUAAGGUUUCAUUCCAAAUCUACCUAUAUACCCCUAGUGUAAAUUUUAUUCUACGCGUAUGCGUUAAGUCAAUUUUUUAUGGGAUUUUGAGUUUCCAAAACGUCCCGCUUGUCGCGCUGUUCAAAAUUCCAUAAAAAACUUAGACUUAUCGCAAAGGUACACUAGGGUACUAGGGGUUCUGACUGCAAUUGAUACUUUUAAUAGUUAGAAUUGGAUUGGAAAGAUACCUUUAAUUUAACUUUUGAUGUCAACCAUUCUAAUCAAAAACUAAUUUCUGCAAAAUUAUAAAAAAAUAUUGUGUAUAAAUUCUCGCACGUGAUUCUAGUCUUUACUUUAGCUAUCGUGUAUUUAAUUGAUAUAAUAAUUUAAUAAAUAUUCUUGUCGCCAAAAAUAUACCAACUAUAUAAUAACUACCCGAAUACAAAAUAAAUGUUCUAGCAAAUUGUGCAUGGCAUUUGCAAUGACAAAGUGUAGAAAUGUCAUCAAUAAUGUGAGAUGCCUAUGAAAAUAUGACGUUUAUUGUCAAUACGGAUCGAUCAGUUUUUAUCACAGACCUAAAAUUUACGUGGUUUUUAUCACAGACCUAAAAUUUAUGCUCCUAGUUCUGUGGUUUUUAUGACAUAGUUGGACAGAUUUAGUAACAGCAUAGAGUAACUUAUAC